AGUGGCGACGGCGUUCCCUCAGCGACGCAGCAUCGUCAUCACACACACACACACACACACACAGAGAGAGAGAGAGAGAGAGGGGUGAAUAGGUGGCUGCAUCAUUCCGGAUGGCUGCCUCCGGAUCAGCAGCGGAACGCGGAGAGGAGCUCAGGCGGCUUCACUCAGCGCGUCGCGCCGCACGCACGAGCCUCGUCCUCGGCUCGAGGUUGCAAGGAUUUACCAGUGAAAUUUGAGGACCAUGGAUAAAAUGACAUCCUACUAGUGUGGCGGCUUUGUAAAAGUCAAGCACAUCUUCUUUUAGAAAAUGAUGUAAGUGUCCUGAUCCAGUUCUACGGAACAUCUGGAGUAAAAUAAAAGCCACUAGCCUGUGCUGUGCGAUGGUAACAUGACUAUGAAAUGUUUGCCAGUCAGCCAGUCCUUAUCUUUAGUCUAGGUUAAUGAACCAUCUGAGACUUCCUCCCACACAUGUACGCCGUUUGCCAUGAAUCUGGCUGUGAAGCUGCGGAGGAAUCUGAGGAGGCUGGUUAUCCUCCUCGCCACCUUCUGCAUGGUCAGUGUCAUAGUCUCCGCUUACUAUCUCUACACGGGGUCUGCCCAGGAGCUGGAUCUAACGGACCAUGGCGCCGGUCCAGACUGUGCAGAACUCCGGGUGCUACCCUUUCGACCGGCAGAGCUGCGAAUGCCUAAACCCAUGGAUCCAUCCCGGAAGGACCCUGUAGUGUUGGUGUUUGUGGAGAGCCAGUACUCCCAGUUGGGGCAGGACAUUAUUGCCAUCUUAGAAUCCAACCAGUUUCAGUAUCAAGCUGAAAUCGCACCAGGGAAAGGUGACAUCCCGCCACUGACCCAUAAGGGCCGUGGGCGAUAUGCACUUGUCAUUUAUGAGAACAUACUUAAGUAUGCUGGUAUGGAUGCAUGGAACCGUGAGCUCCUAGACAAGUAUUGCAUUGAGUACAGUGUCGGACUUAUUGCCUUUCACCGUGCUAGUGAGAACUCCCAGCCUACAAUGCAGCUCAAGGGCUUCCCCCUAACCUUACGGACCAACGUACCCCUGUGCGACUGCUGUGUAAACCCGCGUUCACCGCUGCUUUAUGUCACCCGAGCGGAAGUGGACCAAGGACCUCUACCAGGUGACGACUGGACCGUUUUCCAGUCCAACCAUUCCACGUACGAACCAGUGCUGCUCGCCAGAUCACGGCUGAGUGCUGACGAUGCCAACGCCCGGAUGGUAACUGGGCUCCAGGCCACCGUGGUUCAGGACUUAGGGCUCUAUGAUGGAGUCCAGAGAGUGCUGUUUGGCCAAGGUUUGGGCUACUGGCUGCACCGACUCAUACUGGUGGAUGCAAUUGCGUACCUCACUGGCAAGAAACUGUCGCGGUCGUUGGAGCGGUACAUCCUGGUGGACAUUGAUGAUAUCUUCGUGGGAAAGAAAGGGACGAGGAUGAAAGUGGACGAUGUGAAGGCUCUCCUUGAGACGCAGAACAUGCUGCGAAGUCACAUCUCAAACUUUACGUUCAAUUUGGGCUUUUCUGGCAAGUUUUUCCACACUGGUACUCAGGAGGAAAACGAGGGCGACGAUCUGCUGCUGAAGUACAUGAACGAGUUCUGGUGGUUUCCUCACAUGUGGAGUCACAUGCAGCCUCAUCUCUUUCAUAACGAGUCGUCGUUGAUGGAGCAGAUGAUUCUGAACAAGGACUUUGCUCUGGAGCAUGGUAUUCCUGUGGACAUGGGCUACGCUGUAGCGCCUCAUCACUCGGGUGUGUAUCCGGUGCACAUGCAGCUGUACGAAGCGUGGAAGAGGGCAUGGGGCAUCCGCGUGACCAGCACCGAGGAGUAUCCUCAUCUGAAACCUGCACGAUACCGCAAGGGCUUUGUCCAUAACCACAUCAUGGUGCUGCCACGUCAGACCUGUGGCUUAUUCACACACACCAUCUUCUACAAGGAAUAUCCAGGAGGCCCGAAAGAGCUGGACAAGAGCAUCAAGGGAGGAGAGCUUUUCCUGACUGUCCUAUUAAACCCUAUCAGUAUCUUCAUGACUCAUCUGUCUAACUAUGGGAACGAUCGAUUGGGUCUGUAUACUUUCGUGAACCUGGCCAACUUCCUGAAGUGCUGGACCAAUCUAAGACUGCACACACUCCCGCCUCUGCAGCUUGCACACCACUACUUUACCCUAUUCCCUGAGCAGAGAAACCCACUCUGGCAGAACCCAUGUGAUGACAAGAGGCACAAGGAUAUCUGGUCUAAAGAGAAGACCUGUGACAGACUCCCCAAGUUUAUGGUGGUUGGACCUCAAAAAACUGGCACCACGGCGCUCUACCUUUUCCUCCUGAUGCAUCCGUCCAUCUCCAGCAGUUUCCCCAGCUCCAAGACCUUCGAGGAGGUGCAGUUCUUCAACACCAACAACUAUCACAAAGGCAUUGACUGGUACAUGGAGUUUUUUCCAGUUCCAUCAAACGUCAGUACGGACUUCCUGUUCGAGAAAAGCGCUAGUUACUUCCCUUCGGAGGAGACGCCUAAACGAGCUGCCGCCCUUUUGCCCAAAGCCAAAAUCCUCACCCUGCUCAUUAACCCGUCUGACAGAGCCUACAGCUGGUACCAGCACCAGAGGGCCCAUGAGGACCGGGCAGCGCUUCGUUACAGCUUCUACGAGGUGAUUUCGGCUAAUCAGCACGCUCCAUCAGACCUGCGGUCCCUGCAGAACCGCUGCCUCAUCCCUGGGCUCUAUUCCACACACCUGGAGAGAUGGCUCACCUACUACCCACCUGGCCAGUUGAUGAUAAUAGAUGGCCAGCAGCUGAGGAACGAUCCAGCGGCCCUGAUGGAUGAGGUGCAGAAGUUUCUGGGCGUCUCUCCGUACUUUAACUACUCACAGGCACUUACAUUCGAUCCUCAGAAGGGGUUUUGGUGUCAGCUGCUGGAUGGAGGCAGAACUAAGUGUCUGGGCAAAAGCAAAGGUCGCAAAUAUCCUCCUAUGGAUGCUGAGUCUCGUCUCUUCCUCUCUCGCUUCUACCGGGAUCAUAACAUCGAGCUGUCGAAGCUCCUUCACAGACUCGGUCAACCUCUCCCAGCGUGGCUCCGUGAGGAACUACAGAAGGUCAGGUAGCAUUUAUUCCUCUGACCCUGUCAGGUCAAAGGUCAAGGGUCGUGACCACAAAGGACACUCUAUCUGGAGGGAGGAAAAGAAGAGCUGGACCGAAGGCCAGUGUGUGACGCUGCUGAGCCUGAAAAUCUGGAUUAAUGGAGUGAUACUGAAAAGGCAAUACUUGAAAUGAGAGCGAAAGUGAGAAAGUGUUGUCGAGAGAAAGAAAGAGAGAGAGAGAGAACACGUGCGAAUGCCUGGCCCUAGAUGUCAAACACUGCAUCAGAGUAUGAGACCUGCAACAACUGGUUUUAUUCUACCAUUUCUCUAAAUCCGAGUCCAAAGCAAAUGAUGCAAUCUGUCAGUUUCCUCUCAAACUACUAAAUAAUUGCACUCGCUUUUUUCCCCCCCAAUCCCAAUCGUGUAUUCUUAUUUUACAAGAAUAAAUCAGGACGUUUUGGCACCCUCCUGAAAUAAAAAUCCGUUCUCAGCGAUGGAUGUCCCUGCUGUCGAAAUGCGCUGGUCAUCGUCUUCAUCACACACACAAGUUGCAAGCAAAUCUAACAACACCUUUGUUUUUCCUCGGACAUGACCACUGCUCGCAUUCUAAUUUUACUCGCGAGACCACGAACUCUAUAGGAAACGACGGGCAAGAAGACGCAUUCACGCUGGGAAAGCUGCUGGGUAACGCUUUUAAAUGCCCUCGGACCAAGUGACAGAAGAUUUAUUCUGAAUUAUGGAAAGUUCACUGAUGAUGCAAUGCUGAAAGUAGUGUGUGUGUGUGUGUGUGUGUGUGUGUGUGUGUUCCCUGUGUGAAAGUUACCUGCUCUUUAUUUGACUUUUUGCUUCAUUUGAGCGGAGCCACUCUGGAAAUGU